UUUUGUUUUUGUUUUUUAAAUAAAUCCUGUCUAAACUCUCCUGUCUGCCUGCCUUGUCUCUGCCUCAUCUCUGCCUCAUUGAACUGUAACAGUUCUCUUACUAACACGGUUUGGUUGCUCCCCACUUCCUGUCUUGUGCUGCUGUUGCACCAUCCAUAGAUAGCUCCGCACAGCUGUCCACCACAAACGUCUUCCUGGUACUGGAAAUGGCUCUGUGUUUGCGAUUUCUUCUGCUCCUGCUGAUGGCUGGAAAUGGGUUGUGUCAAGAAGAGGAAGUUUGCUCGAAGUCGGUGAUCCACUCGUGUGAUGACUGUAUCAAAUCCGGGCCGUAUUGUGCCUGGUGCCAACAGCUGAAUUUCACCAAACCAGGUGAGCAGGAAGCAGUACGCUGUGACACCCAAGCAAAGUUGACAAAGAGAGGCUGCAAGAGAGAGGAAAUCGUCUCCCCAGAGAACGAUCAAAGUGUUGGCAAGAACGAUCCUCUGUCAGCGUCCUUUAACCAACAGGAACCUGUCCAGCUGAGUCCACAGCAGAUCAGUCUGAAACUGAGACCCGGGCGUCCCUCCACAUUCACAGUUUCUUUUAAAAGAGUUGAGGGUUAUCCAGUUGAUCUCUACUACCUGAUGGACUUGUCUUACUCCAUGAAAGAUGACUUGGAAUUUGUCAAAAACCUUGGGCAAGAUCUUUUUGCAGCUCUAAAUAAAAUCACUGAAUUUGCUCAAAUAGGGUUUGGUGCCUUUGUUGACAAGACAGUACUUCCUUACACUAACACCAACCAGGAGAAACUUCUGAAGCCGUGUGAUGAGGAUAACCAGCAGUGCCAGGCGGCCUUCGGCUACAGACAUGUGCUUAGUAUGACGUCAGAGAAAGAGGAGUUUAAAAACAAAGUCAGAGAACAGUUCAUUUCUGGGAACUUGGACUCUCCAGAAGGAAGUCUGGACGCCAUGAUGCAGGCGGCUGUGUGCGGGGACAAAAUAGGUUGGAGGAACAGCAGCACCCGGCUAAUUGUGCUCACCACUGACGCUGGAUUCCACAUGGCUGGGGAUGGAAAGUUAGCUGGCAUACUGGAACCCAAUGAUGAACAGUGCCAUAUGGAAAACAACCUUUACACCAAGAGCAGUGACAUGGACUACCCUUCUGUCGGACAACUAGCUGCGCAGUUGGAAAAAAACCAUAUUCAACCGAUAUUUGCAGUGACAAAAAAUGUGGAGAUGGUGUUCCAGGAACUCUCUAAAAUGAUUCCAAAAUCCGAGGUGGGAGUUCUGUCAUCAGACUCUAACAAUGUGGUUGAUUUGAUUAGAAGCGCCUACAAUAGAUUGUCCUCCAAAGUAACUAUAACCCAUGACAACCUGCCUGAUAACGUGAGAGUGGUCUACACUCCUAAAUGUGACAAUCCAAUUCCAGAAGGGGACAGCAAAGGGGUUUGUGACAAUGUACAAGUGGGAAAGGAGAUUUCUUUUGAUGUCACAGUGACAGCUCAAUCAUGUAUGAAGGACAAGUCUUUCACUAUUAAACCACUGGGCAUCAAAGACACAUUGACAGUGACCUUAUCUACAAAUUGUGAGUGUGGCUGUAAAGACACAGACUCGACCAUCAACACACACUGCAAUUACAAGGGAAAGGUCAGCUGUGGUAUUUGCAGCUGCAUUGAAGGCUACAUUGGUCAGUUCUGUGAGUGCUCCAUUGGCAAAAAGGACGAGCACAGCCUACGAGCGUCCUGCCAGAGGCAGAAUGGCACAGAGUGUGAGGGUCAGGGCGAGUGUGUGUGUGGCAGAUGCCAGUGCCACACCACCGAGACUGGAAGCAGUUACCAUGGAGACUUCUGCGAGUGUGAUGAUGAACACUGUGAGAAGUUUGACAAUCAAUUGUGUGGAGGAAAGGGGAAGUGCAACUGUGGGAUAUGUGAGUGCUUCAAAGGCUACGAGGGCUCGGCCUGCCAGUGUAUGGAGUCAGUGGAGGCCUGCCGCACCCUCAACAACUCUGUGUGCUUUGGCAGAGGUGACUGCAAGUGUAACCGCUGCGAGUGUAAGGAGGGGUACCAGCAACCCCGCUGCCAGAACUGCAUUGGCUGCCCUGACCCCUGCCUGACCAAACUGAACUGCAUUGAAUGCCUCAGCUUUGACUCAGGUCCUUUAAAAAAAAACUGCAGUGUGGCGUGCAGCGGGAGCAUUUAUCAUAAGAUGGUGGAUCAGUUUUCCAUUGAAAAAAAGAAGUGCCAUCAGAAAGACACGGAGGGCUGCUGGAUCAGAUUCAACCUGGAGCAGUUGGUAGGAGAGGAUUACUACAGGGCUGAGGUCCUGAAAGAGAGAGAGUGUCCGGAGCCCCCCAGCAUCUUUGCCAUCAUCGGAGGCUCCAUUGCCUCAGUGGCUUUGAUCGGCAUUCUGCUGCUCAUGCUCAUCAAGCUGCUGCUCUACAUAAGGGACCUAAAGGAAUUCAGGAAGUUUGAGAAUGAAAAGAAGAAAGCCAAGUGGGCAAAGGCCGACAACCCGCUGUUCAACAAAGCUACCACCACUGUGGAAAAUCCAAUCUUCACUGGAGAAUGACACCCAAAGUCAACAGUUAUUCAUGCUGUUUGUCCACAUUCACACAUUAUUUACCGGCUUUAAUGUGGACUUGCUUACUUUCUUUCUUACUUUCGUAAAGUGGAUAUAUGUUUUC